AUGUUCCAUGACGGCGACCUGCAGUCCGGCAUCAGCAGGGCUAUCAGUGAAGGCAAGCUGGUAGCCUGCUUCAUCCACGAACCGCGAACCGAAGAAUCGCGUGUAUGGGAAGAGGAAUGGCUCGGGCAGUCUGCACGUACUGUUUCCGUCGGAGCACAACCAUUUACCAUCGGCGAUGUGUUUGCGUCCAAAGCAGUAGUGCUUCGCCUUGAAUUUGGCAGCAAAGAAGCGAACUUCCUCAAUGCCUUCUGUCCGAUCAACAAGGCGCCUAUGUUUGUGGUGAUAGAUAAGGGACAGGUGUUGGAAAAGGUUGAAUCAGGUGUCGGUAGAGAGGAAUGGCUGUCCAGGAUAACCAAGGCUCUGGGCAUAGAGGGGACGAUCGCAACACGAAACGAAUUCCACGAUAUGAGAGAUGCACAAGAGCAGCGUGGAGGGCCUCCAACAGGAUCUCAGGAGAUAGAAGACGCCGCGACAACGGAAGCAGCGCGACUUUCAGGACAGGAUGCGGAAGCCAGCACACCGGCUGUAUCAGCAGCACCAGAGGCUAUACAUACACCAGCUAGCAGAAAUCCACCACACGCUCCUCAGGCGUCAGACACAACCGAGACGCCGCAACAAGAAUCAUCGUCUUCGAACAUGUCAUCAUUGUUUCCCAAUCGCGCCGAGCAGAUGGAGGAUGCGAAAGCCAAACAGGAAGCAGCAGAGAAAGCAGAGCGCAUAGCUCGUGCCAAUCGGAGACGGAAAGAAGCCGAAGAGGCUCAUGCGGCGCAUGUAGAAAAAGGCAAAGGCAAAGAUACGGGCGAUGCGGCUGACAAGGAGAAAGCUCGGCGAGACUGGAUUGUGCAACAGAAGAAGCGCAAAGACGAGGCGAAGCGGGAUCGGGAGAGAGUUUUGGCACAGAUCGAGGCCGACAAGCAAGAGCGAAAGUCGAGGUUUCUGCGGCCUCAAGGGGCACCGAGCGAGCCCUUGUCACCCUCAGCAGAUGCUGCAUCGAAGCGCAGAUUGGGAGCCGGCGGCAUGUGCUCAUUACAGGUUCGUCUCUUUGAUGGCUCGUCCAUAAAGGGGCGUUUUGAGCCGAGUGCUACGCUGGCUACAAAUGUGAGGGACUGGAUUAAAGAGACGACAAUCGAGUCUGGAGUUAAAGAAGCUGCUGAUGUCCCGUUCACGUUCAAGCAAAUUCUGGCGCCGCAGCCCAGUCGCAGCAUCGAAAUCUCCGAGGAGCACCAGACGGUAUCGGAGCUUGGUCUAACACCCACGGCCACGCUCGUACUCGUGCCCAUCAGUGGCUACACCGAGGCCUACUCUGGCAGUGGACGAGGGUACAUGAGUUCUGCUCUCCACACCGCAUACGGCAUCGCCAGCACAGCGUCUAGCAUAGCUUCGUCGCUGCUGUCCAACGUUCCGGGCUUCGGUGCACCGCCCACGGCGAAUGCACAAUCUGCUUCAUCUGAGAGGCUGGAGCCGUCAGGCUCAAGUGACAGCAGUAUGAGCGGAUCUUCGGCGAGUAUCAAGGUCAAGACGCUCGCUGAUAAGCGCGCUGGGGCAUUGAAGGGGGAAGAGAGGCAGGCUGAGUUCUAUAAUGGAAACUCGUCCGCUUUCGAGGGCAGAAAUGAUGAUGGGGAUGAUACGAAGAGAGACUGA